AUGGAAGAUGUGCCAAGAAACUAUUUCCCUCCUCCAGGCAUCCUACGCGACAGCUCCUCCCAUGCGACGGGCAGAAAUAUCCAGAUACAUGGAAUGGAUGAUCCGGCAUACCCUGUUUCGAUGGGGAUCGCGAUCCCUUUGGCCGCCCAGAAGGGGGCCCUGGCUUCAUCUUUGGGCAGACUUGUGCUCAUUUCCCUCAUUGGUCGUCUUGGCUGUAUUGUCCAUCUUGGCUACGAGGUAUACCGGUAUACCAGCCGCUCUGGUGCCUUCUAUUCGCUCGGGCUAGACUCCCUAGGGAAUGACCCCGUCUCCCGACUCGCGGGUGUUUCCAUCGCGCAAUCUGCAACACUCGGCCCUGUGAUCGCCUCGCUUGAGCGUUUCAUCCCGGACGUCUGCGUUUCAAGUGUCGGCGUCGUUACGCCCGUGGGCCCUCCGAUUGGUGGUGCCGGUGGAUUGCAGGCCGCCGUGCGGUGUGAUUGGCGUUACGGGAAGUGA